ACAAGAAGAAGCCGAGGAACACUGUCAGUAGAAAUGACCGAACCCUCAGGCAUCGAGAAAUCCCCAAUUCCAAAACCCUCGUCGGAACCAGUCCAAAUGGAAAUCGACCAUCUUUCCGCCGCCCAAAUGCCGGAAAUUUCUCAGUACGAGAAGUCCAGAGAGUUGAGAAUCAGAGAAAACAUGGAGCGGAUGCAGAAGCUCGGGAUCCUUGACCUCUCUCUCAAGCUCAAAUCCUCCGCUCCCUCGAAGCAAAAUCGCCGAAGAUCAGUUAAUCCCAAAGCUUCUCCACCUUCCUUCGACCUCCCGCCCACCGGACCCCUCCGCCGAUCAUCCAGGUUACAGAACGUGACGCCUGUAACUUACUCUGAACUGCGAAUGGAGAAGAAAAACAAGUUUUCUCAGGAUGAGGAUGUGAUUCUUGACGAUGGUACGAGGCCGGAGAUAUACUCGGAAGAGCAUGAGAAGAUGUUGGGUAGCACAGAAAAGAGUUGGACGCUAUUUGUGGAUGGUUAUGGUAACGAUGGGAAACGAAUUUAUGAUCCAGUAAAGGGAAAGACGUGCCAUCAGUGCAGGCAAAAAACACUAGGGCAUCGCACUCACUGUAGCAAAUGUAACUUGGUACAAGGACAAUUUUGUGGAGAUUGUCUGUAUAUGAGAUAUGGAGAGCAUGUCCUUGAAGCGCAACAAAACCCAGAUUGGAUAUGUCCCGUUUGUCGUGGAAUAUGCAACUGCAGUUUGUGUCGCCAAGGAAAAGGAUGGCUUCCUACUGGGCCUUUGUAUAAGAAGAUAGUAAGGUUGGGCUUCAAGUCUGUUGCACACUUUCUCAUCCAAACCAAACGAGCACAGCCGAGUUCAGAGGAGAAUCCUACCGAUCUUGCUUCUGCAAAGAGGUCGUUGUCCUUCACAGAUUUUGAAGUUAAUCCUGCAGGCUCUCCUAAGGUUAAUAAUAAUCUCCUAGAAACAAUGGAGCAUCAAGCAGUGGAUGAAUCUGAAAAUGAGAAGCUGAAUAUGCUACUGAGUAUCUCCAAUAGCGAGAUUAAUGAUCAUAUUUCUGUUAAGCGGUCACUGAGCUUCUCAGGCCUGGAGCAGCAGGGCUCAAAAGAAGCUAAACCUCCCAAUCAUCUCAACCAUGAAAAUGAUGAACUGUCACAAUAUCAAUCUGCAAACUAUGAACAUGGUGAAGAGGUCAUCGAUGAGAAAGAAAAGAAAAUGAAUUGCCUAAAGAGAAAGAAUGGUGAUAACUACUGUCCUGACGAAUGUCCAAUGACUGAAAAGAAACCAACAAUUACUGUAGAAUUAAACACCAUGGAGUGUAGUACAGGCAAUGACCAUGAGAAAGAAUUGACGGGAGUUCAAACAGCGACAUCGUCAACAGACCAUAGCAUGAAAAUGAAGGCUGAUAUUAGCAGCCACACAUGCUCAGAGAGUACAACUGAAGAGCAUUGCCUAGAAGGCGGGGUCAUCAAGGAAAGUAAGGGUAAAACAUCAGAAGAGGGGUCAAAUAGUUUUUCAAAGAAAAUAACUAAGGUCCAAGCGAGACUUUCAAACACUUCGGACGUAAAAUCUUUAAGUAGCAGCAGUAGGGUUUUGCGGUCUAGGCAAUAAAGCAAUAUAGUGCUAAAUUAUGUGUUUUAGUUUUGACACCAAAGUUUUAAGGUUAGUAACUUUUUGGGAACUCAGAAACUUGGUGUGUUUUGGCAAGAGGAGGAAGGGGAGUGUGUGAUAUGGUUAGUUAAAUAGUUUUUUGGAUCUUCCUGUAUUUUGGUUUAAGCUUACAAAUCACAGCUCAACGGUUGAACCAAUCCUCUGAAACCGAUUCGAUGUCGGUCUGUAAUGUGUCAAGAAUAUAAAACAAUUUACCUCAAAAUUUCAGAUGAAAUGUUGCCAGAUCUCAAUAGAGAAUACCAUCUAGAUAGAGACUAUUACCUCCGUUAAGUUCUCUUCUCAAAC